CGUGCCCCGGAAGCGGUCGGGCGGGCCCUGCACGCGCACAGCUGCCCGGGCCGCGCGCCGCUCCCGCGCCGCUCCCGCCAUGUCGCGCGGCUCGAGCGCCGGGUUCGACCGGCACAUCACCAUCUUCUCGCCCGAGGGACGCCUCUACCAAGUGGAAUAUGCAUUUAAGGCCAUAAACCAAGGUGGACUUACUUCUGUAGCUGUUCGUGGGAAGGAUUCUGCAGUAAUUGUAACACAGAAGAAAGUACCUGACAAGUUACUGGAUUCCAACACAGUGACUCAUUUAUUCAAAAUUACUGAAAAUAUUGGCUGUGUGAUGACAGGAAUGACAGCUGACAGCAGAUCCCAGGUGCAGAGAGCCCGCUAUGAGGCUGCUAACUGGAAGUACAAGUAUGGCUAUGACAUCCCUGUGGAUAUGCUGUGUAAAAGGAUUGCAGAUAUUUCUCAGGUCUAUACGCAGAACGCUGAAAUGAGGCCCCUUGGUUGCUGUAUGAUUUUGAUUGGUAUUGAUGAAGAACACGGCCCUCAGGUAUACAAGUGUGAUCCAGCAGGUUACUACUGUGGAUUCAAGGCCACAGCUGCAGGAGUUAAACAGACAGAGUCAACCAGUUUUCUUGAAAAGAAAGUAAAGAAGAAAUUUGACUGGACAUAUGAACAAACAGUAGAGACAGCAAUAACAUGCCUGUCUACUGUACUAUCCAUUGAUUUCAAACCUUCAGAAAUAGAAGUUGGUGUAGUCACGGUGGAAAACCCUAAAUUCAGGAUCCUUACAGAAGCAGAGAUUGAUGUGCACCUUGUAGCUCUGGCAGAGAGAGACUAAUUAGCAUUCCCAUUUCCAUUGUCUGUGCUUCUGGCCAGGAUGUUUGGUGAAAAGAAAACACUUAUUAAUGGCUUUAGAUUAUGGGUGGAAAACAGUGUCGCUGUAUGAUGUAUUUUACUCUGUACAAAUAAAACAGAGGUUUUUGAAAUA